AUGACAAGUUGGUUAGCUACUGGUCGUCCGGCUCUUUUUGAUGCCCUCACCAGUGCUUGCGACUUGAUUGAUCAGCAAAUCGCAUCAGAUCUUGAAUUGGCCCAGCGUAAUCUUGAUGAAGCUCUUCAACAGCGAGAUGACCACGCGUCUCGAGUUUCUACUUUGACAGAUGAAAACGCCAGGUUAAAAGAGCAAUUGCAGCAAGCAAAUGCCAAGGCAGCUAUCAGCGCGCAGGCGUCAACUGAACAGAGAUCGCCUGGAAGCAAUCCCUCAGAAAGUGAACCAGAUUGGAAGCUUGAAUGCAUCAAAGUUAGCCAUAAGUUCAAGGCACUUUCGGCAAAUUUCAAACAGGCAAAAGACGCCCUUCGAAAGAGAAAAGAAGAGCGCGACCGGUGGAUCAACCACGCCAUGAUCCUGGAGAAGAAAAUCAAGGUCGCUGAGGAAGAGCAUGGAAUUAACAUCACAGACCGCCAAAGCAAGACCCCCCGACCAACUGCGGCUCCAAUAACAAAGACUGAAGAGCAUGCUCCCAGUCCAAGUACCAGCUUUACCUCCGAAGCCGGCCUCGAACAAGCCGAUCUGGAUCUUCCCCCGCUGGCUGCUGCAUCGCUCCAGGUUGAGACUGAUCAGCCUCUUCCCGAUACCAAGUCUGCCAACCCUAGCUCAGACUCGACACAAGGCGAAGAGGAGUCAAGGCAGGACGACGAAUUGCCAGAGUUGCCGCCUCAGAAUUAUAUUAGCGAAGUGAUAAUCAAGGAAGAGCCAUCGUCCGACGCUCCAGUGGUCGUAUCUGAGAGGGAGGUGCGAAAGAGGAAACGCGAUGAUGUAGACCCAAACGAGUCGCCUUUGCAAAAAGUCAAGACGGAAGAAGAUGAACGCUCAUCAAGCCCUAUACAGCCCAUAGGGCAUGCUACUUUUAACCCCCAGGAAAGCAUAGAUCUAGGCGACGUCGCACAAAGACUAUUAACACCCAGAAAACGUCGCGAGUUGGAAGAGUCGCAACGGCGAGAGCAGAUCCAAAGCGAGGCGUUUGCAACAGCAACUACACCCAGGACUCUUUUCGUCCGUCCAGAUCCUGUGACACGGCCAGCUCGACCAAUAGAGCGAACGUCGGCACUUACGCCGUUAAGCGUCAAUCGAAGGGUGGUUCAGUCAAUUCGAGAAAAGCCAAUCACGCCCCUCAGAAAGGGGCUUGGGCGCGGCAUAUCUACUUUGGCUGAGGAUGGUGAAGCCUACCGACUGGAUAAGGGCGCAAAUGAAACUCCUAAGGGGAGACUCGAUACACUCUUGAAUAGUCCUGCUGCUCAGGAAGCCACGCCUACGGGUCGCCUGAAUCCCAGAGCGGCAGCUAGGCCGAGUACGACCGCCGAAGAUCUUGCAAUACCUGGACGACGAGUACUUCCGUUUGAACAAGUGGGACGAGUUAGAGACAGAACUCCCGCUCAGCAGGUGAACACACCAAGUCGGACACUCGACCUGGGAGCUGGUUCCAAAUUUACGCCACAGAACACACGAUCCCCGUUAGCCCCUAAGGAAGGCACACGAUCAGUUUUACGGCACAAACCAAUCGCAGAACUCCGGCCAGACGACUUUAAGAUCAAUCCUCAAGCCAACGAGGGACACGACUUUGCUUUUUCGGAUGUGAUACGAGAUAGGGAUGAGAGAUCUCGUAUGCAAGGCUGUACCGAUAUGCACUGCUGUGGGAAGCAUUUCCGGUCUCUCGCCAUAUCUCAACGUCCUGACCCUCCCCUCACAGCCGUCCAGCGGCAGGAAGAACAGAAGUUACUGGAGGAUUACAUGGGCGAUUUCGCAUAUCGACUAGGAACCAUGGAUAAGAAAGAAAGAGAUGAGUUGUGGAUUGAAGCCAAAACACAGGAUCUUGCCAAUCGGUUUGGCAAGCACCGAUACCACCAUCCAAGAAUGCGGAGCCCUCCAGGAUUCUGGAAUGCAGACUUUCCUGACACGCAAGAGAUAGAGGCGGAGAGAUCAGAAGCUGCGCAGCGGGAAAAGCAGACUGUUCGGGACAGGCAUCGAGAAGCUAUGCGUCCAGGUGGUAGAUGGCUGUUCCGUGAUGAGUAG